UUUCGAAGAGCCGCCCUAUGCCAUCAAGGCUGGAUGGAAAGAGAACCAUGCAACGUUUAUGAAUGAACUGAAAAACCUUCCGGCUGAAGGACUUACGACUCUUGGCCAAUCCCUAAGGACAGCUUUUGAUUUGUUAAAUUUAAAUAGAUUAGUAACUGGCAUAGACAACUAUGGGCAUGGAAGAAACCCUUUUUUCUUGGAGCCAGCAAUAAUUAUUACAAUUACUGAUGGGAGCAAGUUGACUACUACCAGUGGAGUCCAGGAUGAGUUCCAUUUACCUCUUAAUUCUCCUUUGCCUGGAAGUGAAUUGACCAAGGAGCCAUUUCGCUGGGAUCAGAGACUGUUUGCGCUAGUGCUGCGGCUGCCUGGCACCAUGUCGGUCGAGUCAGAGCAGCUGACCAGGGUACCUUUAGACGACUCUGCCAUCACACCCAUGUGUGAAGUGACAGGAGGCCGCUCAUACUCUGUAUGUUCUCCAAGAAUGCUGAAUCAGUGUCUGGAGUCCUUGGUGCAAAAGGUGCAGAGUGGGGUGGUGAUAAACUUUGAAAAAGCAGGACCAGAUCCUUCUCCUGUAGAACAUGGGCAGCCAGAUGUAUCAAGGCCUUUUGGAUCUCAGCCUUGGCAUAGUUGUCACAAGCUCAUAUAUGUCAGACCAAAUCCUAAAACGGGGGUUCCUAUAGGUCACUGGCCUGUUCCAGAAUCUUUUUGGCCAGAUCAGAAUUCUCCAACACUACCACCUCGUACGUCUCAUCCUAUAGUGAAGUUCUCCUGUACAGACUGUGAACCAAUGGUUAUUGACAGAUUGCCUUUUGACAAAUAUGAGUUGGAACCUUCACCACUGACUCAAUUUAUCCUGGAAAGGAAAUCUCCUCAAACAUGUUGGCAGGUGUAUGUGAGCAGUAGUGCAAAGUAUAGUGAACUUGGCCAUCCUUUUGGUUACUUGAAAGCCAGCACAGCACUGAACCGUGUCAACUUAUUUGUGAUGCCUUGCAAUUAUCCAGUCCUUCUUCCCCUCUUAGAUGACUUGUUUAAAGUACAUGAAGCAAAACCAACACUGAAAUGGAGACAGUCAUUUGAAAGUUAUUUGAAGACGAUGCCUCCCUACUAUCUUGGGCUCUUGAAGAAAGCUGGUAGAAUGAUGGGUGCACCUAACCUAAUAGCAGACAGUAUGGAAUAUGGACUUAGUUACAGUGUCAUUUCAUACCUCAAAAAGUUGAGUCAGCAGGCCAAAAUAGAAUCUGAUAGAGUCAUCGGAUCUGUAGGCAAAAAGGUAGUACAGGAAACUGGAAUUAAAGUCCAUAGCCGAUCACAUGGUUUAUCAAUGGCUUACAGGAAAGAUUUUCAACAGCUGCUCCAGGGAAUCUCAGAGGAUGUUCCUCACAGACUGCUAGAUCUUAAUAUGAAGGAGUACACUGGUUUCCAGGUGGCUCUGCUGAAUAAGGAUUUGAAACCACAGACAUUUAGAAAUGCUUAUGACAUACCAAGACGGAAUCUUUUGGAUCACUUAACGAAAAUGAGAUCUAAUCUUUUGAAGAGCACCCGCAAAUUUCUUAAAGGACAGGAUGAAGACCAAGUGCACAGUGUUCCCAUAGCACAGAUGGGGAAUUACCAAGAAUACCUCAAGCAAGUCCCUUCUCCACUAAGAGAACUCAAUCCUGAUCAGCCUCGAAGAUUGCAUACAUUUGGGAACCCCUUUAAGCUGGAUAAAAAGGGUAUGAUGAUAGAUGAAGCAGAUGAAUUUGUGGCUGGACCUCAAAAUAAACAUAAGCGGCCUGGAGAACCAAAUAUGCAAGGGAUACCCAAAAGAUGUCGGUGUAUGUCUCCGCUACUCAGAGGCAGACAGCAGAACCCUGUUGUGAACAAUCACAUUGGAGGAAAAGGACCACCUGUACCUGUGACUCAAGCACAGCCAGAUCUUAUUAAACCCCUUCCUCUUCAUAAGAUUUCAGAAACCACUAAUGAUUCAACAAUGGAUGAUGUGGUUGAAAAUCAUGUUGCAGACCAACUUUCACCGGACAUUACCCCAAAUGCUUUGGAUACUGAAUUGUCAACAUCCUCUUCUCCAGCCAGUUUACUGGAGCGACCAACCAAUCACACCGAGGCUGUUGGUCAUGACCAUUUAGGAACUAAUGACCUUGGUGGUGGUGGAUAUUUAGAAAAUCAUGAGGAACCACGAGAUAAACAACAAUGUGCUGAAGAGAAUAUACCAGCAUCUUCACUCAACAAAGGAAAGAAAUUGAUGCAUUGCAGAAGCCAUGAAGAGGUCAACACUGAAUUAAAAGCACAAAUAAUGAAAGAGAUCCAAAAGCCAGGAAGAAAAUAUGAAAGAAUCUUCACUUUACUGAAGCACGUGCAAGGCAGCUUACAAACAAGACUAAUAUUUUUACAAAAUGUCAUUAAAGAAGCAUCAAAGUUUAAAAAAUGAAUGCUAAUAGAACAACUGGAGAACUUCUUGGAUGAAAUCCAUCGAAGAGCCAAUCAGAUCAAUCACAUUAAUAGCAAUUAAAAGAAAAUAGAAUGUGGCCAUUAAUUUCACUGUCUUCUCCAAAUACAAAGUAAAUACAAGACUGUUGUGAUCUUGCAUUCUUUUUUUGACAUGCAUUGUUGGUUAUUUGAGAUACUGAAAGCAAGUCUACAGAUCUUUUUUCCAUCAUUUUACAGUGACCUUUUCUUCAUUUUGGUUUAUUUUUGUAAUGUGAAAAGUAUC